AUGAAUAGACAUUCUAUAACAGCUUUGAUGUUGCUUGUGGCCAUCUCUGUUGCCCACAGCCAAACAUACACCUCCAACUGGACUAGUAUCAACUCUAGACCCAACCCAGCUUGGUAUGAUGAAGCCAAGUUUGGAAUCUUCAUUCAUUGGGGAGUCUACUCUGUGCCUCACUAUGCUGAUUUAACUGAUGGAGCAGAGUGGUACUGGUACUGUGUCUACAACCCAGAUAUGGACGGUGGACUGACUGCCGCCUACCAUAACAAGACCUACGGUCCUGGCUACCCCUACCAGAACUUUGCACCAUACUUCAAAGCCUCCAUGUGGAACCCAGAUGAUUGGGCCAACCUCUUUGUGCAGUCUGGCGCAAAGUACGUCGUGCUCACCUCCAAGCAUCAUGAGGGCUACACCUUGUGGGACAGUCCACAGGCCUGGGGCUGGAACUCUGUCGACAUUGGCCCUGGCAUGGACCUGGUCGGAAUGCUGACCAAGUCAGUCAAGAAUGCAGGACUCAAGAUGGGACUAUACCACUCGCUCUACGAAUGGUUCAACCCAUUGUAUCUAGCUGACAAGGCAUCUGGAUCUCCACCAUUGACCGAUGACUACGUCGUUGAGGUGCUCCAGCCACAGCUGCGUGAUAUCGUCAACAGGUAUGAGCCAUCCGUUGUCUGGGCCGAUGGUGAAUGGGAGCAACUGUCCGAAUACUGGGAGAGCACAGACUUCAUCUCAUGGCUCUACAGCAACAGCAGUGUAAAGGAUGAUGUUGUCGUCAAUGACAGAUGGGGAAGUGAGACAAGAGGUGUCGACGGUGGUUUCUACACAGGAGGAGACAGGUAUAACCCUUUGAAGCUCAUUGGCCACAAGUGGGAGAACUGCUACACCAUUGGAUCUUCAUGGGGCUAUGAUGCCAAUGAGGACCUUGCCGCAAUGCAGAAUAUCAGCUCACUUCUUUGGGAGCUGGCUUCAACUGUCAGCUGUGGAGGCAAUCUCCUCUUGGACGUUGGUCCAACCGAGGAUGGUUUGAUUCCAUGGAUCAUGCAAGAGAGACUACUUCAGAUGGGUCAGUGGUUGAGCUACAGUGGAGAUGCUAUCUACAAGUCAUCACCUUGGAGAAUCCAGAAUGAUACUGAGGCCAUGACAACUUGGUACACAGUCCAGAACACAACGGGUGUGGUCUAUGCCAUGGUGUUUGGUUGGCCAGAGGACAAUGUAUUGAUUCUGGAGACACCAAUCACCACCAAGGAGACAGAGGUUGCAAUGUUGGGAUGCACCAACGCCGCCAGCCAAUGUAACAAACUCAAGUUCACCGGUAAUGGACCAACCAGAGCUGGUAUCAAGAUUCAACUGCCACUACUCAACCCAAUUCAGUAUCCUCCAUUUGGAGUCUACACAUUCGCUCUAUCCAACAUCCAC